UGUCAUGUCAUGAUGCGUUACGUUUGUUGCGAGUCGGGGGACCGUUUCGUGUGCCCUUGACAUCGGUUACAUCAAGCGCGACAUCAUGUCGGCGGGCGGCGGGAAUCCCGUGUCGAUGCAGUGGAAGUACCCACCGGACCUCCUCUUCAACGACGAGAGUUUGCUGGACAUCAUUUUGACGCUGCGGACGAAGAUCGAAGUCCUUGAGAAGAACGAGAUGGGGUCGGGCGAGAUUCCCCAGUGGCUUACUGACGCCAUGCAAAACAUCGCCAACAACUCGGAAGCGAUGGUCGAGUGCCAGAGUCUGAAGGACCAGCUCAAGUAUAUGAAGCAGAACAUUGACGCGCUGCAAAAGGACAUUGUGAUCUUGCGUCGCGAUGUCGUGGCGGCCAAGACGUUGUCGAAACGCCGAGGCGGGAAUUCCCGCGCGGGCGAUGACGAGCCCGAACGUGGCGAGCAAUCUUCUCGGCGAGGUUCUGCUCUGUCAGCAGAGAUUCGACGGGGGGUCACGAUCAACGGGAUCAGCUCAACUGGCCAUGGAGGGGAAACACCCAGCGUCGGCGCCGUGCCGUCGAUCGUUAGCAGUGGUGACGUGAGCCAGCCCAGCACAAGCCGCCAGCCAUUGAAUGUUGCAGAAGAGGCGAUGAAGUUAACGGUGGCAUUGCAAGGACCGGCGGACGGCGGCCAAGCGAUCUCGUCAGCCGCCAUGGAGCAGCUUCUCGAGCCCGUUGUGCACAGCAUCGAGCGACAGAAGGAAGAGUUUGCCGUCAUGCGGGAGAACUCUCAAGCUGCAAAAGACAGCGUGAUGCGGCUGCAAGCGGAAAUGAAACGCCGAGAUGCGUUGAUUCAAGCACGCAACUCCAAGCACGAAGCGAGUGUCAAGAUCCUCAUGGACAAGCUCAACCACGACUUGAGGGCUUGCGUCACACACAACGAAAUGAUCGGGUUCGAGCAGAAAAUGAUUGUUGUGCAAAAACAAGAAUUGAGCCGGCUCAACGACGAAUUCAGCGCCCUCUUCGGUCGCAUCCAAGAGGACUUGUACAUGGUGAGGAGCUCGCAGGAAGACAUCAACAGUGCCCAGGCGGAAGCAGUGCAGACAAACCAGAGUAAAAUUCAAGUGCUUAAUGAACGGCUCGACGAAUGCCAACGGAACCAGGAUCGAUUUGCCCGCAGUACGGAAGAACUCAAACGAAACAUUCAAACCGAGCAUCAGCAGAUUCAAACACUUGGGACGCAGAGUGGCGUGAUGAAAGACAAAUUGCAAGCCCUGGCCGAAAAACAAGCGAAAACCGAAGUCUUUUGCUCCGAUAUGUCGCAAGCGCUGGAGAAUGUCAACACGAGCAAGGUCAAAUCUGACGAAAACCUCAAGCUCGUGAUCCACCAGCGCGCCGAGUCAUUGUACAACGAAAUCAAGCGCAUCGAUGAUGUGCUCGAGUCGUGCUCGUUGGCUACCAUGGCCGACGACAUGAAGUCGUGCACAGACAGGCUAACUGUGGUCGGCACGCUCGCGGACGAUAACAAGAAACGCAUUGCAGCGGCCGAGCAACAAAUCAUCGACCACGAAACCAUCAACAACACCAACUUCACCAAUAUUUACGAAGGCAUGGAGAAGGCGCGCAAGGAAGCGACGGACGCGCUGCGGCGGGAAACGACGCGCCUCGGGACCAAAUUGGUCGAGCAUGGCGACGUCCAAGCACAGCUUGGUAAAAUAAUCACAGACGUCAAGACCGACACCGAACGCAAUUUUGCUGCGAUGCGCACCAAACACGAAACGCACGAACUGGAGACGGACGCAAUGCGGGUCAACACGGAGGCGGCGCUACAGAACCUCAAGGAAAAGAUAUUCUUCUGCGAAGAGGCCAAUUUGGCAUUGCGUGCCGCCACGGACACGAUGCAGCUUGAAACAAAAAGUGCGUUUGCUUCGAUCAACACGGAGAGCAAGAGCAUGCACACGAUCCUGGAUUCGAUGAACUUGACGUUCGAUGACUUGGGGACCAAGCAAACCGUGAUUGAAAAGCAACUCGAUGCCCUCCAGCACGACUUCCGAUGUGAAAUUACCGUGACGACGGCAAAACUGAGCGAAGCCGUGGCCAAGGAAGGCCAACGCACCGAAGCGCUGUAUGCUGCAUUUGCAGAAAAACAAGCGAAAUUCGCCGAAAUCGUGGCCAAGUCGAGCACGCGUAACAUGCCGAUCGCCACUGUCAACAAAGAGCUCGACAAACUCUGCGACGCCUUCGUGAACGAGUGCUGGAAAUUUGAGAUUUCCCCGCGGCAGGAAGGCCAGACUGGGCCUCCAGGCCGCAGCGACAACAACGGAUCGUCACGAAAGCAAUUUUCGGAACGGCAGCAAGUGUGGGUCGUCAAGAACUGCCAGUUCUUCGCAGAUCUGAUCUGCGCCAAGGCCGAGUACGACAUCAUGAGGACCUACUCGAACAAAGAUACGAAGACUCAAAGCUCGCUAGAGACCAAGAUGAUCCGGGCACAAGCGGAGAUCCUAGAGAAUCUCCACCUUCGCAUCGAAGCCAAGAUCUCAAACAACAAAAACUGCGGCGAGCAGUUCGACCGCAGCACGAUCGAGCGGCGUGAAGUCUUUGUUGAAACCAUUCAUAAUCUCACGGACGGCGCUUUGGCUCGCCGAACGCUCAUGGGUGGCGGCGGGGUGUGCUCGGACGACAGUGCGGCAGGACGUGGCAGUAUCAUGUCGUUGGAGGGGAGCUUGAGUUGCAUGGAGAGUGUCCGACUUCAAAGCAGUGGUCGUCCCUCCACGAAUGGGUUUGAAAGCCCUAGUACUCGCGCGAUGAAGCGCAUGUCGGACGUGGGGACUCGACCAGACACUACGACCGGGGGGGGCUCGGGGCCAACUGGCCGACGCAUGAUCCAGUCGCCGCAUGCGAAUUCCCCAUUUGUCUUUCGUGGCGGAUUCCGCAUUCCUCAUCGCAGCACCGGGUUGAAUGCUGUCUCGGACGCGUACAGGGAAUUGCAUGCCGACGAUGAACAUUCCACCGAAGAAUUUGAAGCGGAAGACGAAGGAAUUCACUGUGAACUCAGCAUGACGCCGUCUGUGUCGUUGCCAGCGUUGUAGGGCAACGAGAAAUUGGAAUAGAAGAACUGGGUUGAACAAGUUUCAUCUGAUGGUCUUACGCCGACAACUUUUCCGCACGACGGAACAACGUGUCCACGAUGUGGCCGACGUUCUCGAUGACGCCCAGCCCUGCCUUGUACGUUUUCUAUAAUGACAAAUAAUUCAGUCCAUUCUUGGGGUUGUCCCGUAGCAA